AUGGACUACCUCACCCCUACCUUAGGGGAAACCAAUACCAUCCUACUUCUCGCCCUACUUGAAGGAGUCACAUUUGAUUUCAAGCAUGGGUUUCUACAUAUGCUAGAGAACAACCUGUUUAGUGGUGUUGCCUAUGAAGAUCCUAUGCAGCACCUGAGCAAGUUCAUCAAGUUAACCAACAUGGUGAGAAAGAAUUAUGUAGCGGUAAAGUACAUUAGACUAUAUGCUUUUCCCUUCUCUCUCAAUGAGAAGGCGUGGGACUGGCUGUGUUCACUACCUAAGAAUGGCAUCACCACAUGGAAUCAGUGCAAAAGUGCCUUCUUAAGGAAGUAUUUCUCUCCUAUUAAGAUAGAUCAGUACAUCAAGGACAAUGGAAACUUUGUUCAGAGGAAGCAAAAGAGUCUGCCUUAA